AUGCACUUCUCCAAGACUCUCUUGACCGUCGCCGUCGCCGCCACUGCCACUGCGGCCGCCCCCCUCGAGGCCAGGGACCCCGACUGGAUCAUCCAGGGCCUGUCUCGCGCCUGCGACGGCCAAGACUCGUCCUGCACCUGGAAGUUCGCCAUCAACAACCAGCUCACCGCCCCGACCGCGUGCACCUACGUCGUCAAGGCCGCCGGCGGCAAGCCCGCCUCGCGCUCCAAGGGCGGGCCCGUCCAGUGCGGCGACUUUAGAGUCACCAGCGACUGGUCCGGCCAGUUUGUCGUCGGCUUCACCACUUUUGCCGUCUUUGACACCAAGAAGAACCUGAUUGCCUACCCGGCCUACAAUGAUGACGAGAUUGCCGCGGGGAAUGUGCCCGACAAGCCCUUUCACGUCGAAGCCCCCAAGUACUAA